CAUGAUCUCUUUUUUUAUUGUGACGUCAAAGUUAAACGUUCAGCGUAGUUCAACGGCUAUUGUCUAAUUAACCUUAAUUGUCUUUUAAUAUCUAGUCUAGCUUUUGCCACUUCUCUUAUUAGAUAUACCGAAACACCAGCCUUGAUAUCACCGUUGAGCAUCACGGUUGAACAUGGCAAGCCCGCAUAUAAAGCAAGAUCUACUUAAACUUGGUAAGAAGUUGGUGGAAGAAGGACCUGUCAAGACUCUUCCCACAUCUCGCCGAAUACGGAUCUUGUUCGAUGGCGAGUAUAUCGUAGAUACGACAUCUGCGUUAUACGUCUGGGAACACCAGUACUACCCGUACUACUACGUGCCACGGAGCUCACUCCAGGAAAGCCUACGACUAUUACUUCCGCAGUCCCCAUCUCCCUUCUGGACAGCACGGGUGUCCGGCGCGACGCGGUCUACGGAUCGUGUCCUCAUCUUCGGGGAAGAUAUCGGAGAACGCGCUAAGGUCCUGGAGAAUAUGGUGCGUGUUGAGUUCAGCGCCGCUGACGCCUGGUUCGAGGAGGAUGUGCCCAUCUACGUACAUCCAAAGGAUCCGUUCCGUCGCGUGGACGUGUUACACUCGCUGCGGCCUCUCAAAGUCCGUGUUGGGGGCCAGUUGGUCGCGAAGACAAAUUCGUCCUAUCAUUUAUACGAGACGGGACUGCCGUGUCGGUAUUAUGUACCCGCUACAGCGGUAGAGCGCAACCUGCUAAGAGAAAGCGAAACAACAACGGCUUGUCCGUAUAAGGGAGUGGCGAAUUACUAUAGUGUUGAGCUCACUCAUCGCGGUCUUGAGAAAUCGAAAUUUGAGGAUCUGGUUUGGUAUUACAAGACUCCGACUCUUGAGUGCGCGAACAUUGCGGGAUGUCUGUGUUUCUACCAUGAGAAAGAAGGGGUUGAGAUUACGCUCGACGGGCAGAUAUUGAAGCAGCCAAGUACGCCUUGGUCUUGAGUGAGGAAAGUUCGUCUGAUUGAUUGAGAGGGGGCUCUCAGGGGUCAUGAAAGGUUAGGUUAUUGGCGAGGAUCUCGUACGACUUGAUAUCUAUAUCCUGGGAGAUUUGCUGAGACUUCAUAGGGUCGGAUAGUUAAAAAUGCUAGGUGUUCCAAAAGGACAGUAGUUAGAUGCAAAGAACUUCAGUAGUAACUAUUACCUAAAAGAAACAUUAUAGGUGGACUUUCAUGAAACAACAUGUUUCCGCUAGCAGUACC